CCGUCAACUCCCACUUCUUGUAUAGGCGUAACUCCCGCUCCGUCUCCCGCUUUUAUCUGGUCCCCUGCUACACUCAUCCGUAAUACAUAUGAUGAUCCUGCUAGUCAGAUAUUCCAGCAUUACAGUGAUAGAAUAUCACAAGUAUCUCUCACAGAUAGUUGUAUCCAGUUGUUAUAUACAGAAGGAUUAAUCACUGAGGAUACACAAAGGAAGAUUGAGAGAUGUGGUGGCUCAUUAGGUGAUACAUUAAGAGUAUUAAUGAUUGCUGUAUCUGAUGAUCACAGUAAGCUAAGGUCACUAGGAAAUAUAUUAAUGGAAUUAGAAGAAACUAAACCUUUAGGCCAAGAUAUUAUUAAAGAUUAUGAUGAAAUGAUUAACAGAUCUGUGACUACAGCUGUUGUUACUGGUACAACAGUGAAUACUAAUUUAUUCUCCAAUCAAUCUACAGAAUUAGCUGUACCAAGAGCUCAUACAGAUAUUGCAGUCAUAUCAACCAGUAAUGCUACAGGAUCAAUUGGAUCAGUUGAAGUAUUUCACAUGUGUGAAGCAGUCCAUCAGUAUCCUUUUGAUGCAAUGAGAGGAAAAUUUGGAAUAUUUUGUUUUAGAAUUCUUCAAAUAGUUUCCAAAAAAGUUUCAAUACUCAUUACUUUCCUAAUAUUUCUUCGACAGUGUUUUCCAGAGCUUGAUUCACAGCUCUCCUCUGCUGAUUCUGUACAAAAUGCAAUGACGAUUGUAUUAACUAAAUGCAACGUCAUAAAUAUUUCAGCAGUGGAGAACAUUGCAAUAUUCUACAACAUAAGUGAAGCUAAACAACUGAUAGUAGAAUACAAGGAAGAAGUGAAUGAAUUUUGUUCGAAAAUUUCUCUGGACUUCUUGCUGAAUAAGAAACUAUCAGCUGACAUCAGUUCACUAAAGUGUGAGACAGUUCAGUUUGUAUUGGAUUGGACACCUGAUCAGCACUCACUGGAUGAUAUUAGACGUUUGUUAAAAAAAGCAUUUACUGACUUGAACAAGAGACUGAUUGUUAAAGUGACCUGUCCUGUCAACUCUAUUGUUAUCAUUUGUUAUGCACCACAUCAUCUACUAGCUGCUCUUCUCUUUGAAGCACAAGACAACCUAACUGUCUUAAUAAAGGAAUUCACUUUAGUUAGACUAACCAUUGGCCACUACACUGUCUAUGAUGAAAGGAUCAGAUGCAAGGUAAUGAAUAAUGAGUGUCUUGUAGAGGAGAUGAAACUAGCUGAUGGACAGGAACUAGAACUCAUGACUUUACUUGAUUACAAAGGAUCCAUAACUAUUGAACAGGAGAGUGUCAUCAAUCAAAGAGAAGAGCAUAUUGAAAGGACACUACAGACUCCAGAGCCUAAACUAAAAGUGAAGCUACUGACUAGAGGGAAGUUGAUAAAUGAAGUAUUCAAAUCAAAGAAAUCAGAGACUCAGUAUUUCCGAACUUCUCUCCUAAUGAAAGCAGGAAGAGAGGAGGCAUUAUUUCAGUAUAGAAAAGAGAUUGAGUUACUACAGGAAAAUAUAUCAAUAACACAGCUGUUGAUCAGUCAAAAGACAAACAUGUACAAAAAUGAUCAGUGUACACAAUCAUCAACAGCAGAAUCUACAUGCAUUUACACUGCUCGUUAUGACUAUCAUCCCAUUGAUAGUGAUGAUCUUUCAUUCACUAAAGGAGAGCAGCUAGAAAUUUAUAAAAAGUUGAACAGUUUUUGGUGGAGAGGAAGAUCCCUGGCGUCCGGUGUUGAUGGACUCAUUCCUAGUAGUUGUGUUUACUCAAUGUUAGAGACUCUUCAGUUGUUAGAGUUUAUACUGUCAGUGGAAGAAGUAUCCCUUCCUGUUCUACAGAAGUUAAGGAAUGAAUCAUCUAGUAAUGAUGAGAAAGCUUCUCUUUUCUUGGAGACUAUAAAUGAUGAUCCUAUAGUGAUAUUUGCACUGAGACAAGACAAGGAACAAUAUGAUCAAGGAGUCACUGGGAGUGUCAACUGGUACUAUGACUGGCUAUCUCUUACAUCUCCAUCUCCAGUUCAGUGUAGUGAAGUAAUUAGCAUUAUUAGUAAUUUUCAUAAAAGGAUUGAACUCCGUUACUCAUCUACCAAUAGUACAGUAUCUCUACUAUCAUCAGCUACACUGCAAACAUUACACUUGAGGAGUUUUGAUAUAUGGUACACUCCAUUAACUAACGAUUGUAUCCAGUACUUGUGUAUACUACUAACUAAUAAUAAAACAAUACAAGAACUAGACAUUAGGUAUGAUUCCAUCAGCGAUAGAGGAGUUAUUAAUAUCUGUCAAACACUUGAAAACAACUCUACACUUAUCUCACUAGAUCUUUCUUAUAAUCCUCUCAUUACUUCUACUAGUGGACAAGCUCUUUCUCACCUACUCCUCAAUAACUCAUCACUGGUUGAACUAAAUCUAAGAGGUACUUCAUUGUCUACGAAGUCAAUACUACUCGUUCUCCAUUCAGUAUUAAAUAAUAAAAAUAUAACAAGGCUCAAGCUAGACAAACAACACAAAGAGACUUGUCUCAAUACUUACCCUAACUAUAACCUUAUACAAGACAGAGUAGUCUGGAAGUACUAAUUGUUUUUUAUAAUUUUUUGAAUUUUCACAAAAACAGGCAACCAAUGCAUUUUAUUAAUUUUUCGAGUUAUUGUUUUCAUUAUCUCAUUUGCAUGUUGUUCAUUUUUGCUAGUUUUACCCACUAAUUACCACUCAAUAUUCUUUGCUUGUAUGAUGUACAUGUACAUUUACCACAGUUCUAUUCCUGUGGUCUAAUUCCAAA